AUGGGUAUUACUCAGAUAAUACCAGACGGUUUAACACACCACCAGACUAACAACAACAGCAACCACUUGGGUACUCGUUCUCACAAUCACAAUCACAGUCACAAUCAACAUCAACUUCAACCACUUGCAAGUUCUUCUCCAGUUGCAAUGAGAUCUUAUUCCGAUUCCGCAAAAUCUUCUUUUGAUUUUUCCGCUAUUCAAGCUCAAUUACCUCCAAAUACUGGUCCACCAGGUACUGUUCCUGUCACUAAUGGAUCAAGUUCAUCAAAUAAUAAGAAUCUAGGUCACGUUCCUUGUAAGUUUUAUCGUCAAGGUAUUUGUCAAGCAGGUAAUACUUGUCCAUUUAGUCACAAUUUAGAUGGUGCUUUGGGUGCCGAUAAAGUUCCUUGCAAGUAUUUUCAAAAAGGUAAUUGUAAAUUUGGAUUGAAAUGUGCUUUAGCUCAUUUCUUGCCUGAUGGUACAAGAGUUAAUUCCAAAAAUUUUAUGCUUACCGGUGCUGGUCACAAUGGUGGGAAACAAAAUACAAGAAGAUCUUCUUUUAAUAACAGUACUUUUGGCAACACUUCGUCGUCUACUUUGAAGAACACUAGUGCGAUAGUAACGGGAGCCACACCUCCAGAAUAUGAGAAUUCAUUUUUCUCUUCAGAUUACACUUCUGCUUCUACUUCUGCUGCUGCUGCUGCUGAUAAAGCUUUUGGUUCUAGUAGUAAUUCUCCAACGAAUGUCGUCAACCAUGGGAGCGCAGGUGCGUUGUCAAACCAUAAUGUUGCAACUUUUAUAAAUAUCGGAUACACCCAACCACCAUCAGCACAACCACAUCAACAGCCACAACAAUCAUCACAACAAGAACCCAUUUCUUUAAGUCUGAUUACUCAAGAAAGUCUUGCACGCUCAAGUUCAUUCAGCAGAUCAGAAUUCAAUUAUCAAUUCCCACCUCAAUCCUCAAGUGUGCAAAACAAACCUAGUAGUUACCAUAAUGGAUUUCAAACCACUUCUCCAAAUUUCCAGAAUCAAGCCAAUUCUUAUGGUACAUCUACUUCUAUCAAUAACAACAACCAUUAUCAUCAAAGACUGCUUCUGAUCCAAAAUCUGUUUUUCGGAUCAAAUUCAUAUUCUGGUGCGUUUGCAACCAAUGCAUCCGCAUAUAAUACUGCUCCUACUCAGACAUCACCAUUUGCCAAAUCCAAAUCUAUUAGUUUGAGUUUGAAUACAUCAAUGAAUGUUAGUGAUUCUCCAACAGAACAAUAUGCUUCUGCCAAUUCAACUUGGCAAACCGCAGCACCAAGUUAUGUAUCUAGUUCCACUACUCCAACUUCAAGAUUUUCAUUUGGUUCACGAGUACCAUCUCAAAGUUACCAAAAUAAUCCACAACACUCAAAGAUCUUGGGUGGGUAUAUUCAAGAUCCUAACAACUCUUCAGCAAUUGUUGACGAUGAUGAUUUUCCACUUCCAAAAGCUGGAAUCACUUAUGAUAAUGUAUUUUUCAUGGACAAUGAAUAA